AUAUUUCUCUGAAAAAGAGACUAAUAAGAAAAUGAAACUAUUCCACUGACGCGAUGGACACCUUUUCCUGAUCAAGCUGCUUGAAUUAUUCCUGUUAUUCUCCUGGAGCGAUAAAGAAGGCUGAGGGAUCGUAUUCCGAGAAGUUUAAUAAGAAUCUUUUCCUGUUUGACCUCUUGCAGCUUGAGGUAGUGGGGAAAGCGGAGUAUUUAGCCGCUGAGUGGAUGCUUUAGUUCAAUCUUGAGUGAUCCGUUCAGGGAACAAGAUGUACUCCACAAAAGUUCUUUUCACAGUUGUGGCUGUCAUAGCCGGAAUCAGGGCAUAUCCAACUGGAGCCCCAACUGAUGUAUGUGAAACUAUGGCACCUGGUCAUGGUGCUGUGCCACAAAAUGGACAAUUUCCAUAUGACAUUGUGAUUGAGAAACCAGAUCUCAAAGGGGGUGAAUCGACAACAGUCACCAUCAUUGGAAAAGAUGGACACCAAUUCAGAGGUUAUAUGAUGCAGGCCAGAUCAGAAAAUAAACCAAUUGGUAAAUUUACUGUCCCAGAUAACAACAGCCACACUCUUGACUGUGGAACUGGAACUGCUAAUACCGUCACUCAAUCAAACGCCAAGGACAAGAAUAAGGUAACCGUCACUUGGACUGCUCCUCAAAACUUCAAAGGAAAAGUCGUAUUCUACGUCACAGUUGUAAAAGUAUUUGAUGUUUAUUGGGUUGCUCAUCCAUCCUCACCUGUGAAGAUCUCAUAAGAAGAUUCUGUGAUAUAAGGCUGUGAUUCUGACGUUUGUAUAUGAGUUUACUUAAUUUUAUUAAUUGCCAAAAAUGUAAUUUUAUGAAUCAAUAAUAAAUCACGCAACAAAUGUCUGUAACUGUUCAAGAAUUUUAUUUGUAAAUAAAUUUUGUUAAGUUUAAUGAGGGUUUUGUUUUUAUAUACCAUUAUUUAUUCAAAAUAAAUUGAAAAACGACUGCCUAAUAGAUUCAGGAACGCCCACCCUACAAGGUCGAUGGUGCAAAAAUAUCUCUCAAGAUAUGUUAUUGUUUUCCACUUCUUAUAAUGUCUCAAAUUACGCCCAUUGUACUCAGCUCUAACUUAUUUUGUUGUCAUAAAAAGAUUUUACAAAAACGGCACUACCUUCGAAAAGGAAAAAAAUUAGGUUGAGAAUAACUCGUGUUGAUUCUUGAGAACUGUUUUUUUUUCCUUAAACACAAAC